AUGGGUGUCGCGAAGAGAACGCGCAAGUUUGCGCAGACGAAGAGAAUCGUUGGUCAACGAGAUGCUCGACUUAAGAAGAAUCAAAUGGCUGGUGAGAUAGAAGCAAAGAAGAAGGAGGAUGAAAACAAGGCAAAGCGAGAAAUCCCACAAGUCUCCUCGGCCCUCUUCUUCCAAGCCAACACUGCCCUUGGCCCGCCCUACUCCGUCCUCGUGGACACCAACUUCCUCUCUCACACAGUGCACGCAAAGCUCGAACUCGACAAGGCCCUCAUGGAUCUUCUCUACGCCAAGGCAACUCCAAUCAUCACGACCUGCGUUAUGGCUGAGCUCGAGAAACUCGGCCCAAAAUACCGUAUUGCGCUCAGAAUCGCUCGCGACGAGAGAUGGCAGCGCCUCAAGUGCGAACAUAAGGGCACUUACGCCGAUGAUUGUAUUGUGGACAGGGUCCAGAAACACAGAAUCUACCUGGUCGCGACAAACGAUAGGGAUCUCAAGAGGCGCAUAAGGAAGAUUCCUGGUGUGCCGAUUGUUAGCGUUGCAAAGGGCAAAUAUGUUAUCGAAAGGUUGCCAGACGUGCCUGAUAGCCAUUAA